AUGAAGAUAGCAGAUCUUAAGGAUUGGUGUAUAAUAUCACCAUGCUUUAUUUCUAGAGAUCCCUUCUUUGGAAGUAUGACACAUGAUGAUGAAGAAGAUGAUGAUGAUGAUGAGUAUCCAGGUGGCUUUCCUCAUGGUGGACCAGACAGAGACUUUCGUUUUGGGUUUAGCUUUGGUCCUGGGGGCAUGAGGUUUCAUGACGAUUUUGGCAUCAACCAGUUCUUCCGGGAAUUUGAUGAACUUUUUAAGGAGAUGGGAGAAUUUCCUGCCAGACGAUUUGAAAUGCCCAGCAUUGAAGCCAUUCCCCCAGUGAUGGAUGAAAAAAGAGAAGAACAUAGAGGGAGGUCUCUCCGGGACUCCAUGCUUAAAUUCCCAGACAAUCACUUGCCAGCCUCUUCAGAGAGAAAAGAUGGUAAAGAUUAUCCACAGCCUGAAACAUUUGAAGACAGACUUGAGGAUAGCAGGCCAAGUGAUCUGCCUCUGACACCAUUUAAGAGGCCCCCAAAUCCAUUUGGGAAGUUUGAAGAUACGUGGAAAAACUUUUUUCUACGAAAAGAAGACACAGUCAAGGAAGAUAAAGACUUGGAUUCACAGGUGUCUUCAGGAGGCCUUGACAACAUUUUAACACCCACUGAACCAAAAACAAAAUCAUAUUUCAAGAGCGUUUCAGUGACCAAAGUCACAGGUCCUGAUGGGUCUGUUGAGGAGCACAGGACAGUGAGAGACAGCCAAGGGAACGAAGAGACCACAGUUACUCGGAUGAAAGGGGAACAGACAUUCAUAACCACCACCAAAAAGGAUAGUCAGGGUAAAGAAGAAAGGACAGAGAAGAUUGUCAGCAUGGAUGAUCGAGAUCUUGCACAAUUCUCAGAAACCUGGGGACAGAAUGAUAUAAGUGCCUUUUCAGAUCCGUUUUCUUCAUUCAGCAAACUUUUUCGUGGACUCUUCUCAAGCAGAUAGCUGUGACUUAUUUACGAACAUUUUGUAGUAAAAUCUGUUGCAUAUAUGUUAAAAAUGUAUAAAUACAUAUAUUUUGCAGGAUUAUAUAUAAUAAAUUAUAGGUAAAAGUA